GAGAGGAUGUGUUUGCAAUGGGACACACUCACCACUUGAUUUCCAUCUAUCACACAAGGCGAGAAAAAAAAAUACACAGCUCCUGGUUUCCAGCACCUGGGAAAGCAUCUGUAACCAUGUAAAUUCCUGCUGGAGGUUACUAUGGAUCAGUGAUUUUUUUUCUGAAAGAAGAGAGGGGAAUAAUCAUCAGGAGAAGGGAGAUCUUGAGAAAACGUCAGUCACUGAAGGCAACUUACUAUGUGUGGGCAUCUAAUCUAAAUCCUGCCAGUGGAAUCAGACAACCAUUUAAUUAAGCAGAUGAUCUUGUAUAGGAGCUGAAGCUACAUCCUUGUCUAGGGGGGGAACAAGAGCAAAUCCCACAUCCCCAUUUUCUCUGGAGCUUUACAUUUCAGCACUGAAUGCAGGGACAGCGUCCUGACGGUGCCUUUGAUGUGUGGAAUGAUUCUUAAAUGAGUUUUCAGUUCUCUCUGACGAUCAUGCUUUAUUUCCAGAUGGUGAUUAUGGCAGGGACUGUAAUGCUCGCAUACUACUUCGAAUACACGGACACGUUCACUGUGAAUGUCCAAGGUUUUUUUUGCUUCGAUAGUUCCUACACAAAGCCCUACCCAGGACCCGAUGAGAGCAGCGACAUCCCACCAGUCUUACUCUUCUCCUUGGUCACAGGUGUACCUGUACUUGUGAUAAUCGUUGGAGAAACAGUAGUGUUUUGCCUUCAGGUAGCAACCAGAGAUUUUGAGAACCAGGAAAAAACUCUUUUAACCGGAGACUGUUGCUAUAUUAAUCCACUGGUACGCAGAACUGUCAGAUUUCUUGGGAUUUAUACUUUUGGACUAUUUGCCACAGAUAUAUUUGUAAAUGCGGGACAGGUUGUGACGGGGAACUUGGCUCCACAUUUUCUUACAGUUUGUAAACCCAACUACACAGCACUUGGCUGUCACCAGUUUACCCAGUUCAUCACUGAUGUCCAUGCUUGCACAGGAAACCCAGACCUUGUGAUCAAAGCCAGAAGAACAUUUCCAUCCAAAGAAGCAGCUCUCAGCGUUUAUGGAGCUAUGUACUUGGCUAUGUAUAUUACCAGCACUAUCAAAACCAAAGGGACUCGACUUGCCAAACCUGUCCUGUGCUUGGGUUUAAUGUGCCUGGCUUUUCUUACUGGAAUAAACAGGGUGGCAGAAUAUCGAAAUCACUGGUCAGACGUCAUAGCAGGGUUCCUUAUUGGCAUAUCUAUAGCUGUUUUUCUGGUUGUUUGUGUGGUUAACAAUUUUAAGGGACGGCAAACAGAGCAAGAAAAAUCUCCGAUAGAGAAUUUGGCACAGAUGCCAAUGAUCAGCAUUCCUCGUGUAGAAAGCCCAUUGGAGAAGAACCACAUCACCGCCUUUGCAGAGGUCACAUGAUGUCGAAAACAAUGCUUUCUCUCUGCACUGGACAUCCUCCCUGUUCACAGUCCACCCAUCUGAACCAAGAUGUAUUUGAUAAGAGCUGGAAGUGCGAGUUACAGUUUUCUGGUCUAUUUAAUGAUUUUUACGGUAUCAAAAAUAGUGUCCACACCUGACAGUUGUUUUGUAAUUAUACCUUGUUUUCCUUACUUUUUUGAGAAUACCAUUGAAGAUGUGUAGAAAUACGAUAAAAUACGUACACUAGUUAGUAUGUACAAUCCCCACAACUGUUGAUCCUUAGAGCUUUUUACUGAUCCAUGUACAGUACCUAAUAAAAUCAAACAUUUUCCGUUUCUAAACUCAUUGUACAGGUUUAUUUCAGCUAUUAUAGCAUGAGAUAAUCCCCAUUCAGGAAAAUUCUGUAUAUAUAAAUAAAAAACUUAUUUAUGUUCUGUGCUAAAUACUGUUUGCACAUGGUAUUUUGCUAAAUAUUUCACUAUAUGAUUUUUACUUUAUGUUAUUUCAAGACUGGUGCUUAUGUUUCGAAGGGAAAAUGCAAAUUUUUACUGUAAUAAUUAAUGUAUCAUAAUUAAAAAUUUAUUUAUUUGGAA